AUGUACUCGCACGAUGCAACUCGUAAGAGGGGUAGGCCUGAUGCUACGAAUGGGAAUGGCAAUGUUCCCAGCCUUAAGCGAUCGAAAGAAAUAGAAUCCAAUCAAUCUAGUUUGGGAAGCAAAUCAAAGCCAUGCACCAACACAGAUAACCAACCGAAGAAGUACUACUCUCCCCCUCCUUUAAGGAAUCAUCUCAUUGGACCAACCUCCUUAUCUGAUGGCCCUGCAACUCCAGUCACUAAUACUCGCCUAUGCAACAAGUAUAACACAGCAGAGGGCUGCAAAUUUGGUGAUAAAUGCCAUUUUUCCCAUGAAGAAAGAGAGCUUGGCAGGCUAAUUCAUUCAGCUUUGGCUAGUACCAUCAUUGGUAAGGGCGGGGUGAACACCAAGCAGGUCUGUCAUUUGAUAGGAGCAAAAUUAUUUAUCCGGGAGCACGAGACUAAUGCAAAUCUUAGGAACAUCAAACUGGAAGGAACAUUUGAUCAGAUCAAGCAGGCAAUAGGGAUGGUGAGGGAACUAAUUGUUAACAUCAGUAGUAGUGCUGCUCCGAUGCCCCUGAAGCCAGCUUGUGUUUUUGGGGCUGGAGGAGGCAAUGGUGGUCUUGGGAGCAAUUUCAAGACAAAGAUGUAA